AUGGACGACACAAACGUCUGUCCUCCGCUGCUUGCGGAAUCAGACGCUCAAAAUAACACUACUAGUACCCCUAACGCGGCUUCUGUCACAGAUGCUGACAAAGUAAUAAACACUAAAAUAGAUAGUACCCAGAUUGAAGGAGACAAGAAUGAAGAGGAGCUUCUAAAGGGUCUCCUCACUGAUGACUACUGCCACGUGUGUGAGGCUGUGCUGCUGUUUGAGUCUCAGAGGCUGUCCCACUAUGAGGGAAAGAAACAUGCUCAGAAACUCAAGGUGUACCUGCAGGCCAAGAAAGGCGAGAAGAUAAACAAAGAGUCCACAGCACCUCAGCAGACCAUGACUACUGAUAAGGACCGGUUCUGUGAGCUGUGUAAUAUGGUGUUUAGUUCCCACUUGGUGGCAAAAUCACACUACGAAGGGAAAGUCCAUGCAAAAAAUCUUCGUAAACAAGGUCUUCAGCCACCAGGCAAGUUCAUAAACAGGAACACAGAGGCGUGUACUUUACCAGGGCUGACUCCUGAUAAUGCUGACCAGAAAUCAGCCCUAGAGGAUGGUAUGGAGCAUCCCAUGGACCCAGCAGCAGCCACAAUUGCCCCCAGCACAGAGGUUGAUCUGAAGGACCCGGACAAGUGCUGUGCCCUGUGUGCUGCUUCCUUCAACAAUCCCCAAAUGGCUUUGCAGCACUACAAUGGACGCAAACACCAGAGGAAUCAGGCCAGACAGGAGCUGAUGAAAGAGCUGGGAGACAAUGUCCAACAAGCCAACUCCCUGGUGUGUCAGAUGUGUAGUGUGCAGUUUAACUCUGUGGAGAUGUACCAGGCACACGUUCAGGGAAACAAGCACCAGAUUAGGGAGAAGAAGGUCGUUGACCUCUGCAAAUCCCAACAAAAAAGCUACAGCACAUUCGCAGAUGAACUGGCAGAUUACAUUCAGGUUCAGAAAGCUCGUGGAAUUAAACCCAAGACCAGUCAAGUCCUCCCUCAGGGUGACACACAAAAGGAGGAUGAGGAAGAUGAAGAGGAAGUACAGGAAGUAUUUAACAAGGAGCAUAUCAUAGAGCUGAGCAAACCUGUGCCAAACCUUCCUCCCACCUCUGACGCUCCUCAUCAGUUCGGCCCUGGUUGUUACUACCCAGCUGAAGGAUGGCGUCCUCCAUAUCCAGGCCCUCCCAGGCUUCCUCAUGGCUGGGACUACAACUGCCCUCCUCCAGGCUUCUCAGCCUCAGGCGCUCCACAGUUUGCCGGUCGGCCCAUAAAGAGAAAGAGCCGCAGAACCCAGUCAAGCUCCUCCUCGUGUACUACCUCAUCAUCUUAUUCCUCCUCAUACUCCUCUUCUUACAGCAGUAGCACAAGUGACAGUGAUGACAAUAAAUACAAGCGAAGAGAAAGGAGGAGGAUUAGAAGAUCCAGGAAGGAGCGAGGUAGGAGGUCAAGAGAAGAGGACUCACACAAGGAGGAGAGGAGGAGAAAACGGCAAAGGAGAGAACGAGAUAAUGAGUCAGAGGAGAGAAAAAGAGAAGAGUUUGGAGAGUCACAGCAAGAGAGGAGGAGAAAUAAGCAAAAGAAACAUGGGAAGCAGAGACGAAAAGAAAAAAAAUCCAGGGAAGAGGAAGAAGGAGGGGAAAGGGUGAUGGACAAUUUAAAGCCAGAGGACAUGAUGGACAAUAGAAAAUAUACCGAAGUGCAUAUACAGGCUGAAAUUAAUGUUGAGCAGGGGGAGGGUGGGCAGGAUGAGUCAGCCAAACCCAAAUACAGAAGAGAGAAGAAGAAAGUGAAAGAGAAGGUAGACACUAGGACGGAAGAGGAGAAGCUGUGGGAUGACUCCAUUCUGGGCUGUUAAACUCAACAGGACCAGCUGAACUGUGUCUUCUGAACGGCUGAAAUUUUUUGGUUAAGGUUAAAGUUAACAUGAGCAUGAAUUUCAAAACUGUGUAUAUUAAAAUGAUUAAAAUUUUGAUAGCAGUUAACAAAGCAAUUUUCACCAUCUGCUCUGAUGGCCCGAACAGUGUUGUUCUUCAAUGGUGUGCUAGCUGGCUAGCCAUGCUUAGUCAAUUUGCGUUAGUCAGGAAUGAAUGUUAUUCUUAUUUCAUUGUGUGCUGAAGGGUUUCUCACACAUAUCCACAGCUACAAUAGCUUUAUUUUUCACUAUGACAUCUAAAAGUGUCUCUGAUUAAAUUCAUGUGUACAGUCAGCCACAGUUGUUGGCUGUUAUAUUUAAGAUCUCUUAUUUUCUCGCCUAUCAUUUAGAAUUAUCAAGAAAUCCUCUUGAUCUCUUAGGUUAACUGACCUAACUUAAAUUAUGUUUGAUUGUGUUAUCUGUGCUCCUGCCAAGGAUGUAUUAGAUUGUGAUCCCUUUAGCAGCCUGUGGUUGGCGCUGUUGAGCUUCACUCAGAGCAUCAGU